AUGAAGAUAAGCAGAAGCAGAAGCAGAAGCAGAAGAAACUCGAUAAGAAAUAUGCCGCCAAAAGGUUGGAGGAAAGAUUCGCAAGGGAAUUACCCCACGACAUCAUACAUUAAGGAACAAGAGAAUGUCACUAUUGAAGAUUUAUUAUUCCCAAAGAGUGUGAUAGUUAGUUUAGCGAAAGAGAUUCAUCAACAGAAUGGUAAAAAAUUAGUGAUCAAUAAGGAUGCCACUUUGGCGUUACAACGAAGUGCUACUGUAUUUGUGAAUCAUCUCUUAUUGUUUGCCAGGGAGAUUGCUAAGGAUCAAGACAGGAAGAGUUGUAAUGCUAGUGAUGUUUUAAGCGCUUUGGAUCAUAUUGGACAAUCUGGGUUGAAAUCCAUUGUGGAGAAUAAACUGGAUGAUUAUCACUAUAUAAUGGAAUUGAAGAAGCAACAGAAAAAGAAGGAAGUGGAACUAAAGGAACAGGAACAAUCUCUUCCAUCUUCCUCUACUGCCACAGAAGCUCUAGAGAAUACGGAAAAUGCAGAUACCAAUGUAGCUAUACCUGUGGUGGAAGAUGAGACUGAGAUAAAAGAAGGUUCUACUUCGGAAGCACAGGCAGAAGCACAAGCAGAAGCACAAGCAGAAGCAGAAGCAGAAACAAAAGGAAUACAGAACCACUCAGGACAAGUACCAGAACCUGCACAUGUACAGGAAAAAGAGCAAGACCCUACUGCUACGCAGACGAAGGAUAGCGAUAUGAUAGAAGGGAGAAGUGGUGAUACUGAUAAAAGGAACGAACAAUCGAAUAUGACAGAGACAGAGCCGGGUGAUAUAGAGAUGGGACUCUGA